AUGUCCCUGGAGCAGGAGCCCAUGCAGCCUUUCCCCUUCGAUCCCCAGAUCCAUUCAGUAAGGCUUCAGCACUUUCCCUUAAGAUCGCAGCGUGUUAUCACCAACAUUGCUGCGCACGGGAUGAACCGGAGGCCAGCAGCGGCUCGCCGGCGACGCUGGUGGUUUUCGAAGAGUACCAUGGAGCUGCUGGUGGAGCUGCUGGCAGACGAGGGCGACGCGUUGAGGACGGUGGUGCUUGCGCGGGAGCUGACGAAGCGGCACGAGACCAUCCUUUCAGGCACUGCUGAGGAGGUGUUGGCAGAGGUUCGCGACAAUCCCGACAACCAGCGCGGUGAGUUUGUUUUGCUCCUGGCGCCCGCAGCGGAACGGCCGCCGGAGGUGGAGUCAGCGGUGCCCGAAGCGAAGGAGGUGGUGCGGCUACUGAGCACGGAGAUCCCCACCAGCCGUGCCAUUGCCCUGGCUGCAAAGAUCUGCGGAGUGCCAAAGAAGGCGCUGUUUGACGCGCUGCACUCGAAGCGCGCCGGCUUCUGA